GGUGAACCUGGUGAACCUGUCUACAGUGUCUGCUGUGCCUUUCGAUGCACAUCCGUCCUAUGUACGCGCCUCCCUGCCUGGGUCAAGAAAGAUGCAUGUGAGUAAUAAUUCCCACAAUGCUGACAAUACCAUGCGACAGAUGAGAUGGUCCUUAUGAUAUGAUGGUCCAUAUCUUGAUAACAUAGAGCAUCAAGAUUGCUGGUGAACCAAACCCAACCUCUUCUUCUUAACAAUCACAAGAUUCGCAAGAUUCACAAUCAUCUCUCGCGCGCGCUCCCCCUCUCCCCCUCUCGUUUCUACACCGUUUCCUACAUAGAAGACACAUCGUUCUCCUUUCCUUUCCUUCCCUUCCCUUUCCUUCCCUUCCCUUCCCUUCCCGUAAAACAUUCACAAAUCACAAAAGAUAUUCAUUCACAACCAAUUCCCCCCUUCCCCUCAAUGCUCCGGAACUACCUAUUCUAGAUUAUAUAAUGAAUACCAUGGAGUAAAUAAAUCCGCGACCAUGUUAUCAGGAGAGUACACUGACGGUACAACACACUCCACCAAGGAAGCACAACUUCAAAGUUUACGAUUCAGAAGUCAAAGUUCAACAACCCUGAAACCCUGAGAUCCCGAAAUUCCUGUAUUCUUCUUCACCAGCCAGCCAGCCAACCAGCCAGCCAGCCAGAGAGACAACGCAGCCACUUUCUCUAGCUCCCCCAUCUAGUCUGCACACCAAGGAAACGCCCGCAUUAUGGCACAUUUAUCAGAUUUAAUCGACCACAUUCCAAUAUCGGAUGAGCAACAACGUAGCACCCUGAAAUGUUGCUGUGGCCGCAGAGACUGCGCAUUUCUCCUUCAUAAUGGCGAGGUCUUGGACAAACUGGAGGGAGACGUGACACUGGCUGCUCAAAUGGGUCAGGCUUUGUUGGAAAGACAUGAACAUUAUAUGCUCGAUGCGGAACGAGAACGAGCAAAGAUGACGGCGAAGAUCGAGCAGUUGGAAGUGGAUAAGAAGGAACUGGAAUUGAAAAAUGAAAAGACAAUUGCGGAGAACAAGGCACUGCUAGACCAACUCGAGGGUCUCAAUGAUAGUUAUGAAGAAUCCGAGGUCCAGAUCAAAUUGCUCGAAUCGACUUUACAGAGCACGCGUACCGAGAUGAAACGUCUAGAAACCUUAGCUUCGAGAACACACCAGCUAGAGAGAGAUUUGGCAAUCUUGGAGGAAGAGCAAGAAACUUUACGAAAAACCAUUAUACAUACAGCUGCGGAAGAACGCACGGCAAUAUUGAGAUGGAAGAGAGCGGAACGAGGAGUUUGUGAUUUGCAGGAUCAAUUAGAGAGAAUCGAACGAGAGGCACAAGAAGAAAAGGCACGACAUGUGGAAAUCUUGGGACGUAUGGAGAGACAACGAACCGUUGAAAGAGAGUUGGAUACGGCUGCUUGUCGUUUGAAGGGUGCCGCUGCAGCCACAUCAGGGAGAGGCAAGCCUGGUACCAGUGUUGUCUCGCAUUUUGUCAAGGAUAUUCUACAGGAUAAUGCGAAUUUGCAACUUGGGAUAGUGGAGUUAAGAGAGAUGCUGAUGAAUUCGAAUGAUGAAGUACAAACAUUACGAGAUCAACUAUUGAUGCAUCAACCGAUGUAUGCGGAUGAUGUUGAUAACGUCGCUCAGCAGCGGACAUUAGGGGCAGAACUUGCGCCAAGCGAACAGGAUUCCGAGCAACGAACACAAGAACCACAAGUUAUUUCCCAAGCGCUUCAUAUACAUCACCAUUACCAUAUACCAAAGAGAGAAGAGGUGCGUAAACCGAAAAAGAAGCGGACCUCUUUGAAUUCCAGUAUUUUCCCUCCACUGAAUCGAAGUCCACAAUCUCCACGAAUUUCUAGGGGCGCAGAGAAUGCUAUACUAGCUCAAACAGCAGUCACCGUUCCAAGUCCUAUCAAUACUAAUAAUCGAUGGUCAGCCCAAUCAAGUCAAUUGUCAGAGUUUGCUCCUUCAUCUGUACCAUCUUCUCCACAAUCUAUGUAUCGAAGCAGUGCCCUAUUUGAUCGAAGUUUCGACAUUGAUUCAUCGCGUCCGACAUCACCUACCUCAAGUAUUGAUCCAUUGUCGCCUCGAGUUCACCCUUCAUAUCAUAGAAAGCGUCCCUCCGAAGUUUCAACCCGAAGCUUUUCUGCUAUUUCUAAUUUUCAACCUCAUAAUAUAAUUCACGAAGAGGAGGAUGACGACGAUUCUCACAAUGUUUCAGGCCUACAGUUUACGGGAGUUCCUUCUCUCGCGGGUGAUUCUACAAAUCCUACCACUUCAGAUGUUUCUGAUAAUGCGAUUGAUGAGUGGAUACCUCGUCAAUUUGGUCCUAGGUUACAUCGUUCUCCAUCUCAUGAAUCGAUUGUUUCAAUUUCAGGCAUCGAUAUUCAUACAUUAAAAGCUCGACCAUCACAAUUGAAUAUGACCUCGGUCGGACCAUUAAUCAGACCGCAAUCUAGGCUUUCCACUCCAACGAUGACAUAUUCCACUGAAACUAUUACUGGUGCGUCUAUGAUUACAGCUCGGCCUACUUUAUCUCGAACCGGUCAUGACAGUACGAGUUAUCUUCGUUCCAACAUUGGGCACACAAACACAACGAGAUCACCGAGUAAUGAUCGAAGUUCUAUUCGAUCUAGCUCAUCUAAUGAAGGCAAUAACAGUAGUACUAGUACUGGUCUAGGAAAGAAAGUCGGCGGUUGGGUCUUUGGUCGUUGGGGAAUGUCUCCUGCUAAAUCAACAAACGAUCUUAGAAGUUCCUCGGACGCUGACGUACCUGUUCCUCCACCAACUAUUCGGGCUGUGAGCACACCAUCUAUUUCUAUAACCCAAGAGCCUUUGAGAGCCAUGUUGGGUAGAGCCGCGGGAAUCAAUCAAAAGGGACCAAUUCCAGGGUUUAGACAAACGGAGAAGGCGCCUAGUAAGGUGGUGCCGGAUCUGGUUGAUAGAGAUGCUUUGGCGGAGGUAUUGGAGGAAUGAUGAUGAUAUGGAGAGUUUUGGGUGGAUAAUAAGAGACAAGAGUUGAAUUUCAUUAUAAUAGGAUGGGGGAUCGGAGUGUGGAUAUGGAUCACCUUCAUUUUACUACAUGUCGGGGAGUUUCUUUUGUUGAUUUCCUUUGUUGAAUUUGGAGACAGAUAUUACAAGUUUGAUCAUGUGGAGUAUAUUUUUUACAUUUUUUAUUUAUCUAUAUAUAAUUUGCAGGGCGUUUGGUGGGAUCAUUGGGUGGAUUACUGGUCGGAUAAAUUGGGAUGGAAUGGUUUUGUAUGGAUACCCUAUUUGCGUUUUGUGUAUAAUUUUUAACUUUCUUUUCCCUUCUUUCUUUUGUUCGGAGAUUAUAGAUGGAUGGAUUUAUUAGGUAUUAGGCUAUGUUAUGAAAUGGGAUGAGGUGUGAUGUGAUGGAGUAAGUAGCAUUGGAAGAUCAGAUGCGAUGGUGUGGAAUGGAAUAGGCUGGAACAAGAGAAAAUGGAAUAGGAUAGGAUAGGAUAAGAUUGAAUAAGAUGGAACCAGAAAUCCAUAUCAGUAGCAUGUUUUGGAGAGGAUGUCAGAUGUUGAGUAUUAGAUGGUAGAUUGUAUGUAGUAGGUAGUUAAUAAAUACUAGGUAUGUAGAUGGGUAGGUAAUUCAUAAUACUUUGAAAGUCA